AUGGCGCCCGCUUCAAGCUAUUCUUCCUCUUAUUCUUCUUCAUCCUUCUCCUCCAGAGCAUCCCAAUCCCGGGAACCCGUGGAAAAGUUGAUGAUGUCACAGGGUAAAUCUGCUAAAGAGGCAGUACAAUCUGAUUCCUCUUCCGCAUCUGAAAAAUUCUGUUCCGUUUCUGAAUCCAGCUCUCGUGCGAGAACGGUUGAUCGUCCCUUGCAGUUAUCUCAUAAUAAUAUUCCAGUUCCUCCGGUGCAAGGCAAGAUCCAAGGUGCCGCCCAUGAAACCCGCAAGACCGUCACUACUGGUAAGCGCUUGGCAGAAGGUGAAAGCGAGAGGAAGAAGGAGCUCUCCUCCAAAAAAACUAAAAGGGUGAAGAUUGUGGUGAAUGAUGAUGAUGCAGAGGGCAAAGUAGGAAAUGAAUCAUCUCCCGCUGAUUCCAAGAAGGUUCCGUUUCUGAGGAUAUGGAGUGACGAAGAUGAAAUCGCAGUGUUGGAGGGUAUGCUAGGCUAUAAAACCCAAAAAGGUGUUUUACCUUCUUCCAACAUGAACUCUUUUCUGAUUUUCAUAAAAAAAUCUCUCCGUCUUCAUGUUUCUAAGAAUCAGCUAUCGGAUAAGGUUCGGCGCCUUAGAAAAAAGUACCGUAACAACGCUGGGAAGAGAAAAUCUGGCUCCACCCCUCAUGAAAAAAUUUCUUUUGAAUUGUCUAAAAAAAUUUGGGGGGAUGAGGGUGCUCGUGACAUUACUCCCGUAGUUAAAGUUGAGCGACAGCCCCAUGGCAACCGUCAUCCUUCGUGCUUCCCUGGGAGUUCAAGCACCGCCUGGAAAGCUCUGAAUGAGCGUGGCAUAGGAGAAGACCUAAUUAAGCUAGCCAUUCACUCAAUAGGAGCUGCAAAAGUGGCCGAGCUGCAGGAAAAAUGGAAGAGGUUUGAUAUUGAUGAAAUUGAGAUGCUUUUGAAGCGUCUAGACUUGAUCAAGGAGAAAGCCGAGGAGAUUCUGGAAAUUAUGAGGUCCAGGAUUUAG